CUAGCGCUUUGUGCCGCUCCCGGCCCUCAGAGCCGACUCCAGAACCUUACAACGCCAUCAUGGAAGCGAGGCCCAAGCUCCACUAUCCCAAUGGAAGAGGCCGCAUGGAAUCCGUAAGAUGGGCUUUGGCUGCCGCUGGAGUCGAGUUUGAUGAAGAAUUUUUAGAAACAAAAGAACAGUUGCAGAAGUUGCAGAAUGGUAACCACCUGCUGUUCCAACAAGUGCCAAUGGUUGAAAUCGAUGGGAUGAAGUUGGUGCAGACCCGAAGCAUUCUUCACUACAUUGCGGAAAAGUACCACCUCUUUGGCAAUGACCUCAAGGAGAAAACCCUGAUUGAUAUGUAUGUGGAGGGGACUCUGGAUCUUCUGGAGAUGAUUAUCACACAUCCUUUCCUAAAACCAAAUGAUCAGCAAAAGGAAGUGGUGAGCAUGACCCAGAAGGCUGUGAUCAGAUACUUUCCUGUGUUUGAAAAGAUUUUAAGGGAUCAUGGACAAAGGUUUCUGGUUGGGAACCAGCUGAGCCUUGCAGAUGUGAUUCUACUUCAAACCAUUUUGGCUCUAGAAGAGAAGGUUCCUAGUAUCCUCUCUGCAUUUCCUCAUCUCCAGGAGUUCACAGUGAAAAUAAGUAAUGUCCCUACAAUUAAGAGAUUCCUUGAACCUGGCAGCAAGAAGAAGCCUCCUCCUGAUGACGUCUAUGUGAGAACCGUCUAUACCAUCUUUGCUCCGUAAAACAGCAUGCACAUCUGCGAGCGAGAGCUUACCCCUAGAAUUUGUUGUGUCCACAGUAUCUUAACUGAUGUCAGGCCGCAGUGAUCCCAGCUCUGUCAUGGUGCUAUAUGUAGGGUCUUUUGUGUCAAAGAUAUCUGUUCUAGAAAUAUUAACAUUUUUUUUGUCUAGUUAAUAUUGUUAAUGGGACCUUUUUCUGAAAACCUUUUUGGGGAGGCUGGUAUUUAAGUUAGAUCUGGUCUGAUUUCGGUAGUUAGUGAGGACUGGCAGAACCUUAUGUUCUCCCCUGUGCUCCUUUUCUCCCCUCCUGAUCCCAUUCUAAUAUCUCUCUGGUCUCUUCUUAAUUUUUAGUGUUUAAUAA